AUGGUAGUCAACCUAGUUAAAAUUCGUUGGAGCAACAACGAACAAUCAGCACAUAAAGAUGCUAUUAUACAAAUUAUACAGUCAGAAAAGAUGGGUCCGGAGUGUUUUCGUGUUAUGGAAAAAAAAGAUGAUGUUUUAAUCCAACCUUUGAAGGAUUGCUUUUGGUUAGAGGAUUCAUCACAUGACGGUGUUGCUUCUAUUGAAACACCGAUAGGUAUUGUUGUUAUUUUUUAUGAUCCGACGAAGAAAGCUCAACCUGAAUUCAUUAGAACGAUCUAUGAUAAACUUGGUACAAAGUCAAUUGUGAUAAACGCAUCAGCUUUAGAUGAAAACAAUCAGUCAUCGCGAUCCACAGAACCUAGGAGGACAGCUAGCCUAACACCCCGAUCUCAGGGAUCACCAACUCCACACAAUUUUUCUAAUCAGAUCGAAGUGCAGGAAGCAAUUAAAAAAUUGUCUGAAGCAAUUGAAGAAAAGCAUAUGAAUCAAGUUGAACCAUUGGCAAAGCAGCUAGCUUUUAAUAAAGUUACCGUUAAUUUUAAUAUUGCUCCGCAUGUAACACAAAUUGAACAACAGAACGAUGUACCGAACUAUUUAAAACUAAAACUAGUCAUUGAAAGUAGCAGUUCCCGUCCAAUUGAUCAUGAAAUAGUUAUACCAUAUAAAACAACUUUGCAACAAUUAAUACAAACGAUAAUAUUGAAAAUGAUUUGGAUAAUUUUAAAAUUAGAUAAAAUGAUCAUCUUUUAUUCUUUAAAUGUGUUAAUUAUCGCCACAAUUGUGUAUUUUUAUUAUGUUCGUUCGUCUGAUGCAUGGAAAAAAUUAACAGAUAUACCAAAACUAUAG